AUGCGUGCAGUGUUGCUAGCGGCCCUCAGCGGCCGUCUUUCCUUGGGGUCGUGGGCUGUCAACGCUUCAAUCUGCCGUCCUUCAAAGGGCAUUUCAGGCGUCUGGCGUCUUGGAGGAACCCAAGCGGAGGGCUUGAGGGCCUCCACUGUGUUUGAGGCCCUCGCACAUUCCGCUGUGGGCGGCAAAGAAGUGACCCUCUGCAGGGUCCAGCUCAUAGAAGGCGAGCUUGCCAGUUUUGGGGAGAGAAAUUGGGAAAAAGGGGACAUAUGUAGACUAAUUGACGCACAAUAUAGACCUGUAGCGAUUGCGGUUUCCCUUACCGGUGUAUGGUCCAGCUGUCGAUCCCAUGUUGGUCCAAUGGGAAUUCGUUUGUUUCUUGAUGUACCUCAGGGCCGCCUCAUGCAGCUGCACAGACAGCUAUUAGAUCAGGCUGGAACAAGAGCAGAAGCAGAGAAAAGGAACGCGCAGGACCAGCAAAACGAGGCGGAGGAGCCUCUCGAGCCUGUCAUGUUGUUGCCUUGGGCUCUUAAGGGCCCCUGGGCAGAUCUGCAUUCAUGGGGAGGCCCCUCCCGAGAGACUCCAAAUGAGCUGCAACAAACACACCACGAUGUGCUGUCCGCCUUGCUGCAGCUGCCAGCUCUGGGACUGGGGGAGAAAGUGGCGUUCUCUGACUCUGUCUCCGACACGGAGGGGUUAGAGCUGGAAUCCCCAUCAAAAUGCCUCUGUCCUCAGUCGAACUCAGAGGCCGGAUGUCUCUGUUUGUCCAGCGCGAGUCGCUCAGCGGGCACUGCCCUUUGGAGGCGGUUUCAGUGA